UAGAAGUUACACGUCUACAGAGUUACCUAAGUUCAAGAUGAGUAAAAUAAUUAUACUAGUACUUGUAGCUGCUCUCUGCCACUGUCUGGUAGAGAGUAUGCCAUCUAGUGGUUCUCAAUCAUCGUCGACAUCCGAUGCUAAGGGAAGUAGUUUAACUGAAGGACUCACAGAUACUGGAAAGUCUACGGCAAAAUCGGCGACAAGCGCUGCUUCAACUGCUGAGUCAUCAGCAGGAUCUGAUAGCAAAGGGGGUAGCGAUAAAAAGGGCAACGACGAUAAGUCGGGAAGUGGAAAGGACAAAGACCCUGGCUCAGGAAAUAAAGGUACAUCGAAGGAUAAAGGCAGCGAUCCAGGAAGUUCAAAAUCACCGAAGGCUGCCAAUGGAGGUGGCACUAGUCCAGGAUCUUCAACUUCACCGGGCACUGGGGGCGGUACUGGCAAUGGGGGCACUGGGGGCGGUACUGGCAAUGGGGGCACUGGGGGCGGUACUGGUACUGGGGGCACUGGGGGCACUGGGGGCACUGGGGGCACUGGGGGCACUGGGGGCGGUACUGGUACUGAGGGCGGUACUGGCACUGGAAAUUCAACUUCACCGGGCACUGGGGGCGGUGAUGACUGCGACAACAAACUACUUUGCGCUGAACUCACCCUCGGUUAG